AUGAAAAGUAAAGCCGCAAAACCGAAGGUGGUAGUCUGUGAAGCUGAAGGUGAUAAAUCAGUGAAAUCGAAGGUAGUAAAAGUGAUUUUGAACGAAAUGCAAGAUAUAGAAAGAAUGGUGGGAAUAGCAUUAAUUAUAAAAGUGACUGAAAAACACAUACCUGAUGACCAAAUGAUAAAUCUAGAAGCUGUUGAAAGUGAUAUGGAUAUUAGACACAUAAAUUUUGAUGGAUGA